AACUCUCCUGUCACUGAACUACUGAGCUUUGAGCAUUUAUUUUCUGUAUUACUGUUUUGUAAAGAUUGUUUUAGAUUUUUGUUUCUUCUUACUGUUGUCUAAUAGAAAACAGUCUCUGCAUCUGUUUUUCAUGGAAAACUACACUGUCAACAGCGUCAUGCUGCAAAUUGAAGGGUUAAAUGUCGCAGGGACUGCUACAUACCCUGUUUUCUUCUUCUUACUCUUCUGCUAUGUUUAUAUCAUGAUAACCAACAUUGGGAUUGUAAUUCUGAUCAUCAUGGAUGAAAGUCUCCAUCAGCCCAUGUAUUUUCUGUUCUGCAACCUGCCUUUCAAUGAUAUUCUUGGAAAUUCAGUCAUGUUGCCUCGUGUGAUCAUGGAUAUCCUCCUCCCUCCGUCCGAGCGUCUAAUCAGCUAUUAUGAGUGUGUGGUCCAGGCUUUCUUCUCACAUAUUUUUGGCACCUCUACCCACACGGUGCUGAUGAUCAUGGCCUUCGACAGGUACGUGGCCAUCUGUAACCCUCUGCGUUACUCUGCCAUAAUGACCAACAGGAUGGUGCUGAAGCUGACUGUCUAUGCCUGGGGAACAUCCUUUGUUCUGGUCAUGAUUCUUUUGGGUCUGACUAUAAGGCUGAGCCGAUGCAGGACUCUCAUUGCAAACACAUACUGUGACAACGCCUCGUUGUUCAAGCUGUCCUGUGAGAGUGUGGACAUCAAUAACAUCUACGGCCUGACCUUCACGGUGGUCCUCCUGACCUCCUCCAUAGGCAGCAUCGUCCUCACCUACACCAGGAUCACUGUGGUCUGUCUGACCAGUAAGAACCGAUCUCUGAACAGGAAGGCCCUGAAAACCUGCAGCACCCACCUGUUCGUCUACAUGGUGAUGUUUGUCUGUGGGAAGGUGAACAUUGUGCUGCAUCGUUUCCCUGAGUAUGCAGAGUACAGGAAGGUUUGUGUACUCCUGUUUCACAUCCUUCCAGGCAGCCUGAACCCCAUCAUUUAUGGAAUCCAAUCCAAAGAGAUAAAAAAGUUUCUGUCCAAGCUGUUCUGCUCCAAAAAGGGUCUGGCAUCAUCAUUAUGACGUCAAAUAAAAGUUAUUAGGUCUGAAACU